AAGAGUAGCGGCGUUGAGUCAGGUAGUCAGUGGAGAAAACUGCGGUAGCGACCCUCAGACCUCGCCAUGAAGACUCGCUUCAGCACCAUUGACCUCCGCGCGGUACUCGCGGAGCUGAAUGCCAGCUUACUAGGAAUGAGAGUAAACAAUGUUUAUGAUGUGGAUAAUAAGACCUAUCUUAUUCGUCUUCAAAAACCAGACUUUAAAGCUACACUUUUACUUGAAUCUGGCAUACGAAUUCACACAACAGAAUUUGAGUGGCCUAAGAAUAUGAUGCCAUCUAGUUUUGCCAUGAAGUGCCGAAAACAUUUGAAGAGUCGGCGAUUAGUCAGUGCAAAACAACUUGGUGUGGAUAGAAUUGUAGAUUUUCAAUUUGGAAGUGAUGAAGCUGCUUAUCACUUAAUCAUUGAGCUCUAUGAUAGGGGAAACAUUGUUCUUACAGAUUAUGAGUACCUAAUUUUGAAUAUACUAAGAUUUCGAACUGAUGAGUCAGAUGAUGUUAAAUUUGCUGUUCGUGAACGCUACCCAGUUGAUCAUGCUAGAGCUGCUGAACCUUUGCUUACUUUGGAAAGACUGACUGAAAUAAUAGCCAGUGCACCUAAAGGUGAACUACUGAAGAGAGUUCUUAAUCCAUUACUUCCCUAUGGACCAGCUCUCAUUGAACACUGUCUUAUAGAAAAUGGAUUCUCUGGCAAUGUCAAAGUGGAUGAAAAAUUUGAAAGUAAAGACCUUGAAAAAGUACUUGUUUGUCUGCAGAAAGCAGAAGACUAUAUGAAAACAACAUCCAACUUCAGUGGAAAGGGGUACAUCAUUCAGAAAAGAGAAAUAAAACCAAGCUUGGAAGUAGAUAAACCAACUGAAGACAUACUCACGUAUGAGGAAUUUCAUCCUUUCUUGUUUUCUCAACAUUCACAAUGUCCAUAUAUAGAAUUUGAAUCAUUUGACAAGGCCGUGGAUGAAUUUUAUUCCAAGAUAGAAGGUCAGAAAAUAGAUUUAAAAGCUUUACAACAGGAAAAACAAGCAUUGAAGAAAUUAGAUAACGUCCGGAAGGAUCACGAAAACAGAUUAGAAGCUCUUCAACAGGCUCAGGAAAUAGACAAACUUAAAGGAGAGCUCAUAGAAAUGAACCUACAGAUAGUUGACAGAGCUAUUCAGGUUGUUCGAAGUGCUUUAGCCAACCAGAUAGAUUGGACAGAAAUUGGGUUAAUUGUGAAAGAAGCCCAGGCUCAAGGAGACCCUGUUGCAAGUGCAAUUAAAGAAUUAAAACUACAAACAAACCAUGUUACAAUGCUACUAAGAAAUCCAUACUUGUUAUCAGAGGAGGAAGAUGACGAUGUUGAUGGUGACAUCACUGUUGAAAAAAAUGAAACUGAAGCACCAAAAGGAAAAAAGAAAAAGCAAAAGAAUAAACAGCUGCAGAAGCCUCAAAAAAAUAGGCCAUUACUUGUUGAUGUUGAUCUCAGCUUGUCAGCAUAUGCCAAUGCCAAAAAAUACUAUGAUCACAAGAGGUAUGCUGCUAAGAAAACACAAAAGACCGUUGAAGCUGCUGAGAAGGCAUUUAAAUCAGCAGAAAAAAAAACAAAGCAAACGUUAAAAGAAGUCCAAACAGUUACCUCUAUUCAGAAAGCAAGAAAAGUAUACUGGUUUGAGAAAUUUCUGUGGUUCGUUAGCUCAGAGAACUAUUUAAUUAUAGGUGGAAGAGAUCAGCAACAGAAUGAAAUGAUUGUGAAAAGAUACUUGACAACAGGGGACAUUUAUGUACAUGCUGAUCUUCAUGGAGCUACUAGCUGUGUAAUUAAGAAUCCAACAGGAGAACCCAUUCCGCCUCGGACCUUGACUGAAGCCGGCACAAUGGCACUUUGCUACAGUGCUGCCUGGGAUGCACGAGUUAUCACUAGUGCUUGGUGGGUGUACCAUCAUCAGGUGUCUAAAACAGCACCAACUGGAGAAUAUUUGACAACAGGAAGCUUCAUGAUACGAGGAAAGAAGAAUUUCCUUCCUCCCUCGUAUCUAAUGAUGGGGUUUAGUUUCCUCUUUAAGGUAGAUGAGUCUUGUAUUUGGAGACACCGGGGUGAAAGAAAAGUCAGAGUGCAGGAUGAAGACAUGGAAACAUUGGCAAGUUGCACACGUGAACUCAUAUCAGAAGAAAUGGAACAACUAGACGGAGGUGACAGUAGCAGUGACGAAGAUAAAGAGGAAUCACACGAAACUCCUGUGGAAGUGGAGCUUAUGAGUCAGGUUGACCAGGAGGAUAUCACUAUUCACAGUGGUGGAGAUGAGCUAAAUGAUGAAAUAAUUCAGGAAGAGAGCUCGGAAGAUGAAGGAGAAUCUGAAGAAGUGGUAAAAGAUCAGGAACCUGUUGCUGAAAUGAUGGAUGAAGGCGAAGACACAUUAAAUUAUCCUGACACUACCAUUGAUUUGUCCCACCUUCAAUCUCAAAGGUCCCUCCAGAAAUUGGCUUCAAAAGAAGAAUCUUCUAGUAUGAGUGACAGUAAAUUACAGAGCCGGAGACAUUUGUCGGCCAAGGAAAGAAGGGAAAUGAAGAAGAAAAAGCUUCCAAGUGACUCAGGGGAUUUAGAAGUGAUAGAGGUAAAGGACAAAGAAAAAGAAAAUGCUCUACACAUUGAAACUCAUCAGAACACAAGCAAAAGUGUCCCAGCUGUGCAGCCAAUGAAGCGAGGACAAAAGAGUAAAAUGAAAAAAAUGAAGGAAAAAUACAAAGACCAAGAUGAAGAAGAACGUGAACUCAUCAUGAAAUUGCUGGGGUCUGCAGGUUCAAACAAAGAAGAAAAGGGGAAGAAGGGAAAGAAAGGAAAAACAAAGGAUGAACCUGUGAAGAAACAGCCCCAGAAACCUAGAGGUGGACAAAGGGCUUCAGACAGCAUAAAGAAAGAAACUCCCUCCCUUGAGGUUGUAACUCCAGAGUUACAAGACUUGGCUGUAGAUGAUCCACAUGAUGACAAGGAAGAGCAAGAGCUGGAUCAACAGGGUAAUGAGGAAAAUCUCUUUGACUCUUUGACAGGGCAGCCACAUCCUGAAGAUGUAUUACUAUUUGCCAUCCCAAUUUGUGCCCCUUACUCCACCAUGACAAACUAUAAAUACAAAGUGAAACUUACUCCUGGAGUUCAGAAAAAGGGAAAAGCUGCAAAAACAGCCUUGAAUAGUUUCAUGCAUUCCAAAGAAGCAACAGCAAGAGAAAAAGACUUAUUUCGCAGUGUAAAGGACACGGAUUUAUCAAGAAAUAUUCCUGGCAAAGUCAAAGUGUCUGCACCCAAUCUUCUGAAUGUAAAAAGAAAAUAGCUGAAAUGAAACCCUAAAAUAUUUGAGAAGAGCCAAUUUUAUAGCCUUUUGGAAGUUCAGAGAUGAAAACACACCAUGUCACAAGACUUCCGCAUUUAAAAAUGAACUAAACAUUGCCUUGCUAUAUUCGCCAAAAGGACUUACUGUUUUUUUUCCAGUUUUAUAGAGAGGAAACGCGGAUAGGAUUUCCUACAAUAUUUGUGGACAGUUAAAUGCUAAUUGUAUACAUCUGCAGUUAUUCUCCCACGUUUUCUUAAAAUUUGGGAGGUUAAUACUAAGUUUUCAUUUCAUGUUGUACAGAAACUGGAGUGAAGUGGCUCAGUUGCUCGGACAUUGACUUGGUCAUCUACCGUGUACAGUGUCAGAGCUCUGUUACAGGCCAAUCACAGGUGGUUUUUCGUGUUCUGGUGCGGUGGUGGGGCUUGGGGGCAGUUAAACAUUUAGGAUUAAGUCUUGGAAGCCUUCUGCCGUUACCUGUACUUGUCAAAAAAUAUAUUAGACCAGAUUUAAAAUAGACAUAAUUCAGCCUAAGAAAUAACACCUAGAAAAAAUGGUAUUGAUCAUUUCCAUUCAUUUAUACAACUUCACUUUUCAUCCUCACUUCUUCCUUGUAAUCUCAUUCAGUUCUGUACCAUUUUAUUUUCUACCUCUAGUAAUUAUCAGCAUGUUACAGAGUAUCUUAACCUAGGAUAUCAUAAGUGCACUUUUAGGCUUACUACUAAAGACUCCUGACACAGCUUUCUUCUUCUGUCUCCUAACAAAUGGAGAAUAAAGUCCUACGUCAUUUCCAUUCUUUUAUGAGCUAAAAAGCUGUCACUUUUUAAAUGAUGAGACAAUGGCUACCUACAGUCAAUAUGACCAUUUGCCCCAGCCCCUAUACCAAAGCAUUAAGGUCAAAGCACUAAACAGCUGUUGGUCCUUCCAAAACUUCUUUUACCAGCUUAGUCCUGUUGAUAAUGUUUUUCCAUUUGAAAUUAAUGUAAAAAAAAAAAACAACUUUGUAAUUAUA